GUCCACGGCGGCGUCGCCUCGUCGGCCCGGCCCGCCACCGCCACCGCCUAUAAAACUAGAGCAGGCACCCUCCCCGCCAUUUUCUUCUCCAUCUCCAUCCUUCCAACCCCCACCCGAACCAUCUAUCCAUCUCCUCGACUGGGUUCCAGACCUAGCCCACCAACCAAUCCAGGCCGAGGGCAAAUGGCGGCGCCAGCGGUCGAGGACAAGGACGUCGAUGCCUUCCUGGCGGACUGCAGGACCUCGGGCGACGCCGCGUACGGCGCCGCCAAGGCCGUGCUGGAGCGCCUCCACGCCUCCGCCACCCGCCCCGCCGCGCGACGCCUGCUCGGCGCCGUCCGCCGACGAUUCGCCGCGGACCCCGCCGCGGGGGAGGAUUGCUUCCGCACCUUCCACUUCCGCAUCCACGACGUCGUCCUCGACCCGCACGUACAAGGUUUCCAACAAAGGAAGAAGCUGACGAUGAUGGAGAUACCUAGCAUCUUCAUUCCUGAAGAUUGGUCCUUCACUUUUUACGAGGGCCUCAAUCGGCAUCCAGAUUCCAUUUUCAGGGAUAAGACUGUAGCAGAGCUGGGAUGUGGCAACGGUUGGAUAUCCAUUGCUCUUGCAGAAAAGUGGUCUCCUUUGAAGGUCUAUGGUCUGGAUAUAAACCCAAGAGCUGUGAAGAUUGCGUGGAUAAACCUGUACUUGAAUGCAUUAGAUGAUGAUGGUCUCCCAAUCUAUGAUGGGGAGGGGAAAACAUUGCUUGAUAGAGUUGAAUUCUAUGAAUCUGAUCUUCUUUCUUACUGUAGAGACAACAAGAUAGAGCUUGAUCGCAUUGUUGGAUGCAUACCACAGAUUCUUAACCCUAAUCCAGAGGCAAUGUCAAAGAUUAUAACUGAAAAUUCAAGUGAGGAAUUUUUGUACUCAUUGAGUAACUACUGUGCACUUCAGGGUUUCGUCGAGGACCAAUUUGGCCUUGGGUUGAUUGCUCGGGCAGUUGAAGAAGGGAUAGCUGUCAUAAAGCCUUCAGGUAUUAUGGUAUUCAACAUGGGAGGUCGACCAGGACAAGGUGUUUGUCAACGUCUAUUUGAACGGCGAGGAUUUCGCAUUACAAAGCUCUGGCAAACCAAAAUCAUGCAGGCUGCUGACACAGAUAUUUCAGCCUUAGUUGAAAUUGAGAAAAAUAGCAGACAUCGCUUUGAGUUCUUCAUGGAUCUUGUUGGGGAUCAGCCUAUCUGUGCUCGCACUGCCUGGGCAUAUAUGAAAUCAGGUGGCCGCAUUUCACAUGCUUUGUCUGUGUAUAGUUGUCAACUUCGCCAGCCCAACCAGGUGAAGAAAAUAUUUGAGUUUCUUAAAGAUGGAUUUCAUGAAGUCAGCAGUUCCCUUGAUUUAUCCUUUGACGAUGACUCUGUUGCUGAUGAAAAAAUUCCCUUCCUAGCAUACCUAGCUAGUUUUUUGAAAGAGAAUAAGUCCAAUCCCUGUGAGCCACCAGCUGGAUGUCUAAACUUUCGGAAACUUGUUGCUGGAUUUAUGAAGAGCUACCACCACAUUCCUCUAACUCCUGAUAAUGUUGUUGUGUUCCCUUCUCGUGCUGUGGCAAUAGAAAAUGCUCUUCAAUUGUUCUCACCGGCGCUCGCAAUUGUUGAUGAACAUUUGACCAGACACUUGCCCAAGCAAUGGUUAACAUCUUUAGCAAUUGAGGGUAGAGCAGAUUGUAACCAUGCUGAAGGUACAGUUACUGUGAUUGAGGCACCACGCCAGUCAGAUUUACUGAUUGAGUUGAUCAGGAAGCUGAAGCCUCAAGUUGUUGUUACCGGGAUGGCUCAAUUUGAGGCUAUCACUAGUGCUGCUUUUGAAAACUUACUAAAUGCAACAAAAGAUGUUGGUUCCCGGUUAUUCCUGGAUAUUUCAGAGCAUCUAGAGUUGUCUAGUCUGCCAAGCUCUAAUGGUGUAUUGAAAUAUCUUGCUGGAAAGACCCUACCUUCCCAUGCAGCUAUACUGUGUGGUUUAGUAAAGAACCAGGUUUAUUCUGAUCUGGAAGUUGCUUUUGCCAUAUCUGAAGAUGCAGCUGUAUAUAAAGCAUUGUCACAAACUAUUGAGCUAUUAGAAGGCCACACUUCUUUGAUCAGCCAGCACUAUUAUGGUUGCCUUUUCCAUGAGCUUCUGGCAUUUCAAAUUGCUGACCGGCAUCCACAGCAGGAGAGGCAACCAGCAGAAGUGAUACCUCAGCAGAUGAUAGGAUUUUCUGAUCCAGCUAUGUCUACCCUAAAGGCAGCUGAAUUUUUCAUUCCUGAUUCAAAUGAAUCCAGUGUUAUUCAUAUGGAUUUAGAUCGCAGCUUUCUGCCAGUACCUUCUGCAGUGAAUGCCUCUGUCUUUGAAAGUUUUGUCAGGCAAAACAUCACUGAUUCCGAGACCGAUGUCCAUUCCAGCAUCCAGCAGCUGGUGAAAGAUAGCUAUGGUUUAUCGGUAGAUGGUUGUUCUGAAAUUAUCUAUGGCAAUGCCUCUCUUGCACUCUUCAAUAAGCUUGUUCUAUGUUGCAUGCAAGAACAGGGCACCUUGCUUUUCCCCUUGGGCACCAAUGGCCAUUACAUCUCUGCAGCAAAGUUUGUGAAUGCAAGCACCUUGACUAUACCUACAACUUUCAGUUCAGGAUUCAAGAUUGAGCCAAAGGUUCUAGCUGACACUCUUAAGAACGUAUCUCGGCCAUGGGUGUAUAUUUCUGGCCCCACAAUCAACCCUACUGGUUUUCUGUACAGUGACAGUGAUAUUCAAGAGCUGCUCUCCGUCUGUGCUGAAUAUGGAGCUAGGGUAGUGAUAGAUACCUCCUUCUCAGGCCUGGAGUACCAAACGGAUGGCUGGAGUCGGUGGAAUCUGGAAGGAUGCCUUUCUUCUUUGAAAUGUUCAAAGCCAUCAUUCUCUGUAGUCCUGCUGGGAGAGCUGUCUUUUGAGCUGAUCGCAGCAGGACAUGACUUUGGGUUCGUGAUUUUGAAUGACCCAUCCUUGGUUGAUGCGUUUCAUAGUUUCCCGAGCUUGAGUCGGCCACACAGCACAUUGAAGUACACUUUCAAAAAGCUACUUGGCCUGAAAAACCAGAAGGAUCAGCAUUUCUCUGAUCUAAUGGCGGAGCAGAAGGACGAGCUGAAGAAUCGUGCCAACCAAUUAAUUAAGACGUUGCAGAGCUGUGGCUGGGACGUUGCCAGCGGUUGUGCUGGCAUAUCGAUGCUGGCAAAACCGACUGCCUACAUCGGGAAGCCCUUCAAAGCUGACGGCUUUGAGGGCAAGCUGGAUGCAAGCAACAUCAGGGAAGCCAUCCUCAGAGCCACGGGGCUGUGCAUAAACAGCAGCUCCUGGACUGGGAUACCCGACUACUGCCGGUUCAGCUUUGCACUGGAGAGCGGCGAAUUUGAGCGCGCAAUGGGAUGCAUAACUCGGUUCAAGGAGUUGGUUCUGGGAGGCAAUGCUCAGACUCAGAUGAAUGGAAACUGAUGGAGCAGGCUGGCGAUUGAUCGAUCGCCUCCAUUCCAUUACCGUUCUGGGAGGCAAUCCAUCCAUUGUUUGGAAACCAAACUUUAGUGCUAUGAAGUAGUAACAUUGUCCAAAUAUAUGUAAAGGAAUAACAGCAGCAAGAAAUGCCUGCUGUGAAUUGAAGUUUGUCCCGUUAGUGGCUACACGUUGUAUCUGAAGUUUGUCCCGUCCGGCUUACGCAUUCUCUUGCUCUGUCAAGUUAAACUCGGAUUAUUCUUUCUUAACCUACGGAAUUAUGUGUGCAUGCA